UCUUUCUCUUUCGGACUAGAUUGCAUCAGAUGUUUGGGAGGUCAACAGGUAUUUUAUUUGGUAAUUUACGGCGCUUAAACAAGGUUUUCUUUAGAUUUUCAAGUUAUCGAGGAUACAGCUAUAACAUCAGUAGUGACAUGAAGCUAUAUACUGAUAAAGGAAAUCCAAAUUUGCUUCGGAUUUUCGCUGCUAAGAAUUUGUCUGGAGUCACGUUGGACGUGCUUUACUUGAAUCAAGGAGAUCAACCAGGAUUCAAAUUUUCAGGAUCUACCAGCAAGCUUCCUGCUCUUGAAGUGGAGGAUGGAAACUACCUCUUCAGUCCCAAUGCUAUAUGCAGAUAUGUUUUCAAAUCAAGCCAAACUCAAGCUGCAGCACAGGAUGUUGAAAAACAGGCAGCUGUCGAUCAGUGGAUAGAAUGGGAAAGCUUGUAUUUACAGCCUGCAGUAGAGUCACAAAUUUUGUCCAUUGCUCAUAAAUCAGCAACAAGUAGCGAUCAGAAACAGUCCUUGCCUGAACUCCUUAAGAAGAUAGAUGAAAGUCUAAAGAAGCAGAAAAACCUAUCAGGGGAAACUAUUGGGCUUGCCGAUGUUGUGGUGUGGGGCUCCCUCUUUCCUCUUACAUCACAGCAACCAGAAUUGAUAGGUUCUGAGUUUGAAAGUCUAAGAAAAUGGCACUCAAAUAUCAUCUCUCAAGAGGCUUUUAAAAAUGGUGCACAAGAAGCAAUGGGAGAAAGAGGACCUGCAGCAUUUAAAGAUUAUUAUCUGGCUCAGACUAGUAAAGAAUCCAAGGAAAAAGCUUCAAAGAAUGAACCAACUGAGGAGAAUGGAGGGAUCACCAUUGCGAAAAUACAAGCAUCUGCUGAUGAGAUCAAUAAUGCUUUUGAUGCUUGGACUCAAAGUGAUUCUAAAAUGCCUAAAGCUAGGAAACUCAGCAAUCCAGUAUUGCCCAUUGAAGGAGAGAAGAACUAUCUCAUUACCAGUGCUUUACCAUACGUCAACAAUGUACCUCAUCUUGGGAAUAUCAUUGGUUGUGUCCUCAGUGCUGAUGUCUUUGCCAGAUAUUGCAGGCUUCGUGGUUACAAUACCCUUUACAUUUGUGGCACAGAUGAGUAUGGAACAGCCACAGAGACAAAGGCCCUGGAGGAAGGGAUAACACCUCAAGAGAUAUGUGACAAGUACUUCAAGAUCCAUUCUGAUGUCUAUUCAUGGUUUAAUAUUGACUUCGAUUUCUUUGGUCGCACUUGCACUGAACAACAAACCAAAAUUUCACAGGACAUUUUCUGGAGACUUCACGAGAGAGGUAAUAUCGUAGAAGAUUCUAUUAAACAGCUACAGUGCUUGGACUGUAAAAGGUUUCUAGCUGAUCGCUUCGUAGAAGGCACUUGUCCAUUUUGCAAUUACCCGGAUGCACGUGGUGAUCAAUGUGACUCCUGUGGGAAACUGAUCAAUGCAAUUGAAUUAAAGAAUCCUAAAUGCAAAGUUUGUGGUGGAAAACCUGAAGCGAAUUCCAGCAAACACUUGUUUUUAGAUCUAGCUGAGCUUGAACCCACCUUGAAAGCUUGGGUUGAAAAGUCUUCAAACGAAGGUUGCUGGUCAUCAAACGCUCGUCAAAUCACUCGAAGCUGGAUCCAAGAGGGUCUCAAACCACGUUGUAUCACCAGAGAUCUUAAAUGGGGCACACCUGUUCCCCUUGAGGGGUACACUGAUAAGGUGUUUUAUGUCUGGUUUGAUGCACCUAUUGGAUACUUGUCCAUCACAGCCAACUACACUGAACAAUGGGAGAAAUGGUGGAAAAAUCCUCAACAUGUGGCUUCAUACCAGUUCAUGGCCAAGGAUAAUGUACCUUUCCAUACUGUGGUCUUUCCCUGUACUUUGCUUGGUGCUGAUGACAAUUAUACUUUACUGGACAGCAUUAAUGCUACAGAAUAUCUGAAUUAUGAGGAUGACAAGUUUUCUAAAAGCCGAGGUGUUGGUGUGUUCGGGGACGAUGCAGAAGACUCUGGUAUCCCAGCAGACAUCUGGCGCUUCUACCUGCUGUACAUCAGACCUGAAGGGCAGGACAGUGCCUUCAGUUGGUCAGACUUUGUCCUGAAAAACAAUUCUGAACUUCUGAACAAUCUUGGCAACUUUAUCAACAGGCUUCGAGAGGGCCUAAAGGUACUCCUAAACAUUUCUAAAUAUGGCAAUCAAUACGUGCAGGGCAACAAGCCCUGGGUACUGAUCAAAGGCAGCGAGGCUGAAAGGCAUCGUGCUGGUACUGUUAUUGGCGUAGCAACUAACCUUUCAUUCCUCCUCUCUGUUCUCGUUCAUCCCUACAUGCCAGUCACUAGCCAGGAAAUACGUUCUCAACUCAAGGUUGACGACGACACCAACGCCCUAACGGAGCAGUUCGUACCAGUUUUGAAGCCUGGUCACAAGAUUGGAACGCCCAAGCCGUUAUUCCAAAAGAUCGAGUCGUCUCUAGCAGAAGAAUUGAGGAAGAAGUAUGCUGGACAAACAAAGGUCACGGCUGAAGAACCCUCUCCGGCUCCGGCUGCUGCUGCGGAACAGAAGGACGCUUCUGGUAAAUGAGCCGAAAAAAUGAGCCGGCAGAUAAUUUACAACUGAAGGAAAAUUUACAAAAAUAAUUUGGAAAAUGUUUUAUAGUUUAGCUGUGACAAGCAGGUCGAAAUAGCGUGACUUUGAAAUGGCUUCUCAUUGCUCACGACUAAUCAAAAAGCAGUUAUAAUAGUGAUUGAUUUUAGGGCUGUCCACAAAAGUUGCUCCAAAAACUCAAAAAUGUUGCUCAAAAUUUGCCAAAAAGUUGCCCCAAACUCUAAAAGUUGCUCAAAAUUUGCCAAAACACUUCACGAAAUCUUUUUUUACUACAAAUUGAUAAAUUACCUAUAAAAUUUCCAGCUUUAAUAACUUUAAUAACUUUGUAGACAUACAAUAUUUUCUUGUCUUUUUCAAAACUUAAUGCAAAAUGUCAAUGUUACUUGACUACUGUUGUGUACUGAUAACUAUCGAAGCAUCUGUUAUGCUUCUUCUUCUUCCGAAUGUUUUUAAGUGCUUUCACGGCCAUUAUAACAUCAUAUCAAUCCCGUUUUGUCUAAUUAGUCUCAGGGAGUACGAGAAGUGCAAGCAAUUUCCUUGCUUAGGGACUCAUUCUUUAACCGUAUUGUUAUCUUGUGGAAUGCACUUCCACUUCAUAUACGUAAAGCUCCCUCUGUAACUUCUUUCAAGAAAAUGCUCUAUGAACUCUACUUAGACAAGUUCACCUGUUUUUUCGACGCUUCUAGAAUUCAGACAUGGAAAUCUGUAUGUCCUCAUUGUAGAUCGGUUAAUAGCUUUCAUUGUUGUUAAUAUGUGUUUUGUACACCACUUUAUUGAAUUUUUUCCUAUCAACUUCUACUUAGUUAUUAUUUUGCUUUGUUUUAUUGGGGCGAGCCUCGAUGGGACUACGAGUCCGUUCGCUCUGCCCCUCUUGUAGUUUACCCGUAUCCGUUUUUUUGGAUUCCCAUUAUCAUUAUUAUUAAAAAAAUUUGUAUUUUUUUAAUAUUUAUGUAAUCUGCAUGGAAGUCACUAAUAAAUAAAUAAAUAGAAUCACUUGAGUAUGCAUUUGCCAUUUUGUUUUAACAGUAAAACCGCUGACUUUCUGAUCGCUUGCAUAGAUUACCACAGGCAACCCAUUUUUAAAUUUUACAAAUUAGCUAUUUUUGAAACUUUGAGCGACAAGAAAACAACUUAUAUUCUGUUAUUGGGUCUGAUAAUUUGCUAGAACUCGAGGAAAAACUCGGGGGAAAAAAAGGCUCAUAUAGAAAAAAAGUUGCCCGUAAUUGAAAAAGUUGCUCGAAAUCCGGUAAAAGUUGCCGAGCAACUCGUGGACAGCCCUAAUUAAUUUAGGAAGCCAUUUGAAAUAAUUUCAAGAUAACUGUAGAAUUCAUUCCUAGCCGAAGUAAAACAUAAGUGACUAGUUCGGCUUCCAUUGAUAGCAGUUGAAUUUCAACUGAAGGAACUACCGACGUUAAAUAUAGUAGCUUUACCUUUA